CGCCUGGUAUAGUCGUGUGUUUUUGGCAUACUAGCUCACCAGCCGACUUGGGUUCUCAUCCACUCCACGUCCCCGAAAGUCACGCCUUUUCUCGUCCACCUUCACUCAUCAUAUAUAUACCGGACUCUUCCGCGCUCGCUUCACUCUGUGCUGUUACCAAUCUCUCUCUCUCUGCAUUCUUGAAACGCAAUCUACAACCCACUCUUGGAAGCCUUGGACAAUUCGCCGGCUUUAUCCGCUCUAACGUGAAUCGCUUAUUCUCAGUCACCACAUUCAUCACGCGACCACACACCACUGCUUCAAGCAACGAAUUUUUUGGCAAUCAAUCGAACACACCUACCCGCUCAUAACCCUCUCGUUAGAGUGAACGGUCGAACUACCAACAUCUCGUCCUCCUCUGGAAUCUAGAACGGCUGGGCUUGCAGCGUUAGAAGACUUCCGAAAACUUCUAGAGUCUUCAGCGUCGCAAGCCUGCGUCUGGCAUACUCGAAAAUAUGAUUCCCGUCCCGAAUCCUCUAGACUAUGAUGUCUCCCUGGAGAACGCAUUCCUUCCGAGCACACCGCCGCUUGAAUGUCUCCCUGACCCGUACUACGAGCAAUGGGAACAUGUCAUGACCAACCUGCAAGGCUUGAUCUUAAGCAAGAGAUUGCGGGAGGUUGUCGAUCAUCUGCCUGUGUUGUCAACAGAUCGUCUCACGGACAUUGUACAAUGGCGACGAGCAUACAGCAUUCUGGCGUUCAUCACACAUGGCUAUAUCUGGGGAGGAUUAAAACCUGCGGAUCGUAUACCACCUUCGAUCUCGAUCCCAUUUUUGGCAACAUGCAAGAGGCUCGAGCUGCCUCCAGUUGCCACAUACGCGGGUCUCGUUCUCUGGAAUUGGAAGCCAAUCUUUGCAAACGAGCCUGUGGAUACUUUGGCGAACCUCGACACAAUCGAGACCUUCACUGGCUCACUCGACGAGAAGUGGUUCUACUUGAUCAGCAUUGCGAUUGAAUCACGAGGCGCACCGAUCAUCCCGAUGAUGUUGAGAGCGAUCAAGGCUGCACGGGAAGGUGACAGGGAUAUGGUAAUUCGGUGUCUGCAAUCGUUUGCGGAGCGUCUGAGUGAAUUGAAGGACAUGCUCGCACAAAUGUACGACAAUUGCGAUCCCCAUGUUUUCUACUACCGGAUUCGACCGUUCCUUGCUGGAAGCAAGAAUAUGGCGGAAGCCGGCCUUCCCCAAGGUGUGAUUUUCGACAACGGCGGCGCGAUCAACCGACAACGCUACGUCCAAUUCAGCGGUGGCAGCAAUGCUCAGUCGAGCAUCAUACAAUUCUUCGACAUUGUCCUCGGUGUCGAGCAUCGCUCUACAGGCGAAGCAAAGCCUGGAAACCAGUCGAGUCCGCAAAUAUCAAAAAGCAAAUAUUCCGCACCAAGCACCAACUUCAUCCACGAGAUGCGGAAGUAUAUGCCUGGCCAACACGCGCGCUUCCUCUGCGAUGUCGACCGUGUGGCCAAUAUCCGCACAUUCGUCGAAGAGAACAGCUCAGACCGCGGCCUCACACUCGCAUACGAUGCUUGUCUCGCAAUGCUCCGCUCGUUCCGCGACACCCACAUCCAGAUCGUGAGCCGCUACAUCAUCGUCAAAAGCCGGGAGGCAGCCUCCGCGAAAGUCCAGGAAACCGCUUCAAAGAAAGUCGACCUCGCGCACCGGAGUAAGCCCGUCGACGAGAACAUCAAGAAGGACCUCAAGGGCACCGGCGGAACCGCGCUGAUUCCUUUCCUCCGCCAAGCUCGCGACGAAACGGGUGAGCCGGCAGUGGAUGAGUGGACGCGUCGGCUACUCAGCAAGAAAGGCGUGCUCGAGAAGGGUGCCAUCCCGGGCGAAACGUCUGCGAGAAAGGUGCUCGAUAGGAUCGAUGGUCAAAAUGGCUUGGAGAAGUUGUGGCAGGCGGAUAGUAAUAGUGGCGGACUGUGCACAUUCUAGAGUUUUUAUAUAUACAUAGAAAAAAACAGGAGGGAAAGCAAUUGGCAUAUCAUGCGGUUUUGGGGGCUGGAAGAUGAGCAGAAAGCGAGCCGG